GUUCAGAGCUGCCAGCUAUUCAAUCCAUCAACAGAACUCUCAGAACCCGCAAACACCGCGCAUCCCCAUAUCCCAUCUCCUCCCAUCCGAAACCGUACUUCUACCUUUGAAAACCCCCAUCAAAUCCAUCAUGGACUUCUCUGACGCCUUGUGAGUCCUCCCCAGCUCCUCCGAGAGCUAAGCGGAAAGGAGCUCUCUCUCCCUGCGCCUUCUGCCAUUGUCUCCCACGCUGCAUUUCGACCACCUGCUAAUUGUUAUGGAUUCAUAGCCGUAUUGUGAACUUGGCUGUCGGUGGGUUGUUGACCUUCAGCGGGUUCUGGAACCUGUUUCCAUUCGCAUUGUAGGUUUUUUGCGAAAUCCGGUUUGGGAGCUUGAAACUGAUCUUGGUGAAGCUCACACUUGAUGGUCGGCAUAUACGUGGUGCUCUUUGGUCUUUGUAAGUCUGGGGAGUCUGGUGGAUCUUUGAGCUCACUGCUAACUUUGCCUCUCACAGCUAUUAUCCUUUUGGGUUAGUUCUCUGAUUUGGAGCUACGAAGCUCGCGAAUUAAAUUUGUAUACUGAUGUCACCUCCAGAAUUCCAAAUCCCACCUCAGCUAUCGAGAUAUGCGUCUUUCCUCUUCUCUUUCAUUGGACGAGGACUCUGUACGUUCAACCAAUCCCAUACUUCUCUGCAGUCCGCUAACGUAUCUCCCAAGUCUACAUCUUCACUGGAUCUAUUGUACUUGGUAAUGGCUUGGUGAGCAACUUCACCGGAGGUUCUAUCGCCUUAGUUGGUCUUGCAUACUGCGUUCUCGAGUUUAUCCCAUCCAUCGAGCCACCACAAAACAUGAGGUACGAAAAUUUGCCGGGUUUCUUCAUUCCCAAUGACAAAAGCUGACAAUCUUCUUCCACACAGAGAGGCAGACGGAGGAUGGGGAGCCGAACAAGUGUAAAUCCACACUACGACGUCGAAACCUCUCGAAAACUUCCCAACGAGGGCUCUUACGACCGAACAACCUCCAAACACAACUUCCCCAAACUCACAACGGAGCGAAUCUCUAAUUCGAUGAAUACCCAUGCUUUUACUCUUGAAAUAAUGGCCUGUUUUCGAAAUUACGUACUAUACAAUAAGGAUUAGGCGCUGGCUUGGUGGAUGGGUGGGCACCAAGGGACGUUGGUGCUCACUUAAUGAUACGAUAGAUGGAUGGGCUAAAUCAGGAUUUUCCCUUUUCUAUCCUUGUUUGUACAAUACAGCAGUUUCUAUGACAACAAUAUAUUUUUGUGGUACUGAGGG